GCAGUGGACGGCUGCGCCUCCUUCCGCCGAAGUCCUCUCCGAACGUCUGGAGAGUCUUGCCGCCCCCAUCCGUGAUAAAUUGCCCGACAUCCUCAAGGAGGAGGUCGCCGGCACGGGGCUGCUGGCGGUCAACGCGUUCGCGUGGUCGUUGGAGCAUCUGGACGACGUGCAUCGCAGCUACGAUCCGCUCAUCGUCGAGAACCCGAAGAUGGCCGAGGAGGCUGCGGCGGGGUCGCACUCUGGCGGGCACGGACCCGCAGAUGGCAGCGAGGAGGAGCACGAGAGGGAGGACGAGGAGGGGGGCGGGGAGCAGGACGGUGGCUCGGAAGAAGAGGAGGACAAGGAGCGUGAGGGCGACGACGUGGUUGUCACCGGUGAAGAGGAGGCAGUACAGUUCGCCGGUGAGAAGGUUGCGGAUAAGAGCGGCGGCAGCGGACCCAAGUCGGGCAAGAAGGCGCGGGGCAGCAGUGGCUCGACCCCGACUAGGAUGGCGUCAAAGGCGGCUAUCGAGCGUCUGAAGGCGGCGGAGAGGGAGAUCAAGAAGCUGAGGGAGGAGAAGCUGGUGGCGAAAAAGAGGCUGGAGUUCCAGACGGCUCGGAAUGACACGAUUUUCGGCGUGGUCACCUCGGCCGUGAACAAGCUCACGACAGUCGCCGAGGGCGUGACCCAUCACGAGCAGACGUCGGGGAGGAGCCUCCAAAUGGUGGUGGACGCUAUGAAGGCGGUCGUGCAGGAGGCGGUGACCUAUCGCGGCUCCACCCUAGAAUUCAUGAACACGCAGUGGCUGCCCACCGUGCAGGCCCUGCACUUGACGGCUACUGCUGCACAGGGUAGGCGACGGGAGGACGACCUCCUGCUGUUUCGAGGUGUGGCAGAUGCUCUUGGCGAGAAGAUCAAAACCGUCGUGUCUGCCGAGGUGAAGGCCGCCAUGGAGGGCGAGGCGCAGGGGAUCGCCGCUGCCGUGACUGCGAAAGUCGUCCAAGAGCUUAGGGACGACCUUGUGAAGGCGGUCACCUCCGCGACCCAAAAGGGCAUUGGUACCGCCGGGUUUAGCCUCCUCCCAACUGCUCUCGCGUCGGUGAUGCACGGUGGUCGCGCAACCGCCGAGGAGAGUGGGCCGGCGCCAAGGCAGUCGGGGAAAAGGGUCGCCGACGAAAAAUCCCUGACCGGCGACCAGACCAGCGGCGCUAAGCGAAGCAGAGGACCUGCGGCGAAACGCGGUGUCGACGUCGCGCUCCAGGAUCCAGCUUCGGUGGUCGGGAAGACCGGUGGACAGCCCGUGGGGGACAAGCAGCCACAGACCCCGACCGAUCCGCCGAGCGCACACCACGCGCCACCGAGCUGCGACCAGGCGAGUCUGGCCGACGAGCUCAUGGGAGAGGCAUCCGUGGUCGCGAAGCAGGGCUGGCAGCCAACGACAGACCAGCAUCCACAGCCCGAGGACAGUCCGGCGACUGCACAAGGCGCUCGACCGAGCGGCGGCACGGCCCAGAUGGCCGACGACAUGCACCUCGCAGCGGUGGUCGGCCAGCCGCGCGGGGAGCCCGUUGCGGUCCAGCAUGUUCAACCCUCGACGAGUACGCCGACUGCGCGUCCGACCGGCGUCACAGCGCAGCUGCCCGACGACCUCCUGCGCCCCGCAGCGCUGGUCGGACAGCAGGGCGGGCCGCCCGGUGCGGGCCAGCAUCUUCACCCGUCGACGAGCACGGUGACCGCACAAGACGCGCGUCCGGCUGGCGUCAUGGCGCUGGUCGACGAGCUCUUGCGCCCAGCAGCGGUGGUCGGACAGCAGGGCGGGCCGCCCGGUGCGGGCCAGCAUCCCCCCACCGCGACGCGUCCGGCGACUGCACAGGACGCGCGUCCGGCUGGCGCCACGGCGCUGGUCGACGAGCUCUUGCGCCCAGCAGCGGUGGUCGGACAGCAUGUCCAGCAGGCCGCGGCGGGCCAGCAUCCCCACACCGCGACGAGUCCUGCGACUGCACAUGACGCGCGACCGGGUGGUGUCACGGCGCUGGUCGACGAGCUCUUGCGCCCAGCAGCGGUGGUCGGACAGCAUGUCCAGCAGGCCGCGGCGGGCCAGCAUCCCCACACCGCGACGAGUCCUGCCACUGCACAUGACGCGCGACCGGGUGGUGUCAUGGCGCUGGUCGACGAGCUCUUGCGCCCAGCAGCGGUGGUCGGACAGCAUGUCCAGCAGGCCGCGGCGGGCCAGCAUCCCCACACCGCGAUGAGUCAGGCGAGUGCCAGUAGCGGGAGACCGGGUGGCGUCACGGCACAGCUGGUCGACCAGUCUUUCCGCCCCGAUCUGCGAGCGACAAACGUCCUACCCAGCGGCGCGGUCGAGGCCACAUCGGUGAUCGUGUCGACGACGACAGCAGCGCCGACCAAAUCGGGUACUGCCCGGGCGACCUUGUCACUGCCAAACCCGCCUCCGCCUACCACGGGCACUGCCGGUGCGGCCAGCUUACCCGUUCAUGGGGCCAUGGUCGCCGCGGAACCGAUCCCGAUCCCAACGGCUGUUGAGUCUCGGGCGGUCGAGGCUCUAAUCACUCAAAAGCCAUCGUUCGACGAGUAUCUGAAAUGGCUCGAGGAUCAGGGUCAGAAAACCCCGGUAAUUCCUCCGACUCACAGCAAACAGGCGGUCGACCAAGGAGCAGUGGCAGCGAACGUCGCGGCGGCGACUGCAGGGCCGAGUGGCUCAACGGUGGAGGCGGCUGUGUGGAGAGCGACGGAAGAGGCCGGCGGGGUGGACGAAGAAAUCCUCGCCAGCAUCAUGAUGCCGGACCCGGAAAUUGAGGUCAUGCGGGAAAAACUACACGCAGCAGCUCCCACCGUGGGAGCGCAACAGGGUACACCCGCCGCCUCGACUGCUCCUGCGGAGGACCAUAGCGCGGCUGGCGCCAAAUCCCCCCCGGCCACAACCUGUGAGGUCGGCGACGGGAAGCAGAAGCGCAAGGGCAAGGACAAGGCGAAGGGCGGCCCGGCGAAGGCCGGCUCUUCCAAGGGGACGUCCAAAGCGGCCGCGCAGGGUCGGAAGGGUUCAGGCGUCCGCGUUGACCCUUCAAAUGGGCUGGCCACGUCGGAGAUGAAGUUUGGGAAGAAGAGCCGUUACAUCUGCCGGUCGAUGGACAAGUCCGAGGCCGCCUACUGCAUCGCUGUCGCCGUUUUGUCGUUCGACGGCUUCGUCAGCGACGUGGUUCUCGACGAGUUCGGUGGGGUCAAGGAGGAAGUGAUGGCGCAGUAUAAGGCGGACUGGAAUGUGGCGCGAUUGAUUCCGGGGGGCAUGUGGAUGGUCAUGUGGAGCCGAGGGGCGAACGUCUUCCGCGACAGGAUAACCGGAGCCGACCGCACAGCUCUCAUGUUGGCUCUUCGCCCGGCGGUGUGGUUCGGCGACCUUCCGGAGUCGACCGAGCCCGAGAAGGCCGCGAAGAACAAGGUGGCGAGCGACAUGAUCGCACGCGUUUCGAUGUGUGCCGCGUUCGCACCUGUGGCCGCGAAAGUGACGCCCAUUCCGGGCGUCGGGUCGGAGCGGUUGUCCGAGAUCCUCGCCGGUACUGCGGCCGCGGUGUGGUGUUUUUCGGAGACCAAUGCCACGGCGGAAGUAGCGGCCGGCGAAGGGGGGGCGGCAGCGACCGUGCGCGGUGCGUCCAACGAGUUCGCGAGACGGUGUCGGACCGUCAUCGAGGCGGUGCUUCAGCGGGCGGCCUCCCGGGUGGUCGGCGUAGGGGAGGUCGCCGAAACGGUGACGAAGGACCUGCAGGCGGCUGUGGUGAGGUCGUUGCCUGAGGUCGGAGAGGAGCGCGAGCACGACGAGCUGAUCGCCCGUGUCAUGAUCGAGAACCUCGCCUUCUGGGGGGACUGCAAUGUCGGAGGCCCAAAGCUCAAGGCUCGCGGCGUCGUUUUGCCUAUCGACCCCCAGAUGAAGAUUAUCAUUCGGGACAGGGGGGCGAGGGGGCAGCAGCACAAAGGGAAGCAGGUCGCCGACGCCUAG